AUGAAAAUUUUCACUUGCAAUGCUGUGAUAAUUAGCAAUAUCAACAUAUCGGCUCCCGGUAACAGUCCCAACACUGAUGGAAUCAAAGUAAGUAAUUCCAACAACACCCAAAUCUCGGAUUCAGUGAUAUCCGCAGGAGACGACUGCAUAUCCUUCCUUCCCAAUUCAAACAACAUCAACAUUACUAGAGUUCACUAUGGCCCUGGACAUGGAUUUAGCAUCGGAAGCAUUUCUAGUGGCACUGUUACUAAUUUGAACAUAAGAAACAGCAGCUUAGUUGGUACUCAAAAUGGAGUGAGAAUCAAGACAAAGGCUCAUCCAUCUCAGCCGGGCAAUGUUGCAUAUAUUACAUUUGAGCACAUUGAGAUGGAUAAGGUUGGCAAUCCGAUAGUCAUUGAUCAAAAUUAUUGCCCUGGUCACGGAUGUAGCGAAAAGGUUCAGAUUAAGCAUGUUAAGUUUGAUAACAAUGCUAGCAUAUAUACAUGCUGCCUAAUCAUGCUAUCGUAA